AUGAACGAAAGCUACCCAUCAGCACAAGAGAAUUUCAACUAUGAAAAUCUCUCUGUAUUAAUUGCUUUUGAGUAUAGAGAGAAUGGAAUACGUCAAUUUUUGGAAACUCCUAUCGAACAGCAGUCGAACGAGUGGCUUGAAGAAAUAUGGAAUUCUGGAUGGCUGAAUGCUACAAAAAUUUUGAAAAGUUUUGAGGCUAAUAAUAGUUUGAACGUUUCAGUGGAUCAUUAUAAAAGUGUUUGUCAAAUGGCUCGCAAAUACAUGGAGUCAUUUCAUGGGGAAUUUGCGGAGUUUAUGAGAGAUAGCAAAACUUCUGUUCCGUUUGGACCCGAAAUUCCAUUUUCUAUUGAUAGAAUUCUGACAGAUCGUCCUCCAAAUCCAAAAGUCAUUCCAAGUAAUCCUCAGAGACGUGUGAAAUUCUUCCAUCGUAGAUUGACAAAAAUAAGUCGUAUUUCCAACUUGUUGGGAAAUUCAUUCGAUGAGUUGUGUUAUAUGGAUUUUACUCGGAAGCCUUUUCAUGAACUGGACUUCAAUUGGUUGAACAAUUUGUUGUUGGCAGCAAUCAAUGUUGCAAUCAAAACGAUGAAUUGGAAUGAGAUGAAACUCAGAAAACGUCUUUUGUUCAAUAUCGACAGUGAAGUCUAUCUUCAACUGAACAAUAUGCUCCAACAGUCGAUAUUCUCAAAAUACAUGGAUGUCUAUAUCAAGUUCUGCUGGAAGUUGAUAAACACUCCGUUGAAUGAAAAUGUGCCAACAUCGCUUGUUAUCCCAAGGAACCAAAAUAGGAACAAACGCAGGAGAGGAAAAAUGAAUUGCAAGAAAACUGUCAAGAAGAUCAAGAAGUGCCACCGUUUAUAA